AUGUCAAAUCUCACGAAACUUGAAUUUAACGCACUUGAUAUCACCGGAAAUAAUUAUUUAACGUGGAUUCUUGAUGCUGAAAUCCACCUUAAUGUUAUGUGUCUUGGAGACACCAUAAGGGAAGGAAAUGUGAAAACUGAGCAAGAAAAUGCCAUGAUAUUCCUUCGACAUCACCUUCAUGAAGGCUUGGAAACUGAAUACUUGAUUGUUAAGGAUCCGUUAAACCUUUGGAAUGAUCUAAAAGAGAGAUAUGAUCAUCAAAAAACUGUGAUACUCCCUAAGGCUCGCUAUGAUUGGUUACACUUGCGCUUGCAAGAUUAUAAAAGUGUAAGCGGGUAUAGUUCAGCAAUGUUCAAAAUCACUUCUCAACUGAAAUUAUGCGGUGAAAAUAUAACUGAUAAAGAUAUGUUGGAAAAGACUUAUUCCACCUUUCAUGCCAACAAUAUGCUCCUACAGCAGCAAUAUCGUGAACAAGGGCUCGCAAUAUAUUCUGAACUUAUUUCUGUCUUGCUUCUUGCUGAGUAA